UUACUACUCCAGCGAAACGAUUUUUGUUGUGGAAAAGUAAACGUUUUCUCAUUUUCUGUUCGAAAAAAAUUAUGGUGAAAACAAUUUAAACACGUAUAGAUAGAAAAACAAAAAUAACAUUAUAAAUCCUACAAUUUCAGAACAAACCAUUCAAUGUGUAGAGAUUGUUUAAUACUUUCCAACAAAAACUAGAGUAAAAACAAAAAUAAAAUAAAAUGUGCACUUCAUGAAAAAGCAGUAAGCAAGCAUGUAUACUCAGAUUCAGAACAGAAAUAUCGGUCUGCCAAUAUUCCAUUUCCAAUCCAAUAUGGUGGAAGCCUUGAAAUGAUUUUCCAUUGGGAAAAUUUUCAUCCGCUAUUAUUUGUCAAAUAACACACCUAGCUCGAUUGUAAUUCGUAAAACUUCUAAAAAAAUCAGCCAUUUUGUCACCAGCGCCACCUCCGCUCCAAAGACUGGCCGUGGUCGCGCUUAUAAUUUGAGACUUGAGAGUGAACGAAAAAGAAAGAGAGUAUAUGGAAGAAGAGAAGACUGUUAUUCACUAUUGCUAUCCUUGUCAAUCUGCCGCAUUUUCAUAUACAUUUAAUCGCGCUGGGUUAUGUGUGUUGGUUUGGUGUGCCUUUGCUUUUGCCUUUGUGUGCGCGGAUGUAUUUGCUAUAGCUAUUUGACGGCUUGCUAGUUCACGGGAUACGCGCGUCUCUUCACGUUACCUCUAGAUUUAAUUUAAUUUUUCCCGGAAAAAACGCGAAAAUAUUAAUAAAUCUAUGAAAAACUUAAAGUUAAGUGUUUGGUGCGUGAAAAUUUAAUAAAGUUUUUAAGUUUUGUGUGUGAUUUAAGCACGAAAAAUACAAUUGAAAAUCGUGUGCAGAAAGAAAAAGGAAACGAAAAAAAUAUUGUGUGCCCCUCUUCAAAUCGUUUUUCGCCUUGCCUCGCCUCGCCGUCGCCGCUGUUCACUCUUCCCCUUUGUUUUUUUUUUGCCUUUGGUUUGAAUCUCGCCUCCUUCGCCGUGAAAGACAAGUUCAAAAGCGAAAGAGAGGACAAAAAUAUACAAUACCCAGUGGUAUGGUUGAGAGGGAAAUAUGAAAAAAAAUUGUGUUUCUUGCUGUUGUUUUGUAAUAUAAACGUGAAGUGAAGAAAAUAGAGUAAAAAUAAGCCGGUGGAAAUACAAUAUACAAGCAGAAGAAGUACAUUUGACUUUGGAUUUGUUGACGAUAGUAGAUACAUGACUCAAAACACAUAAUCCAGACGACUAAAGAUUCACUAAAUAUUCUUGCUUCAAUGUUGCUGAAUAGUUGACUGAUAAUAUUUGUUGGAAUCAGUUGAUUCUGCGUCAAAUCUGAAAAUGCAGCAUUUUUUGGGAAGACGAACUGCCUCCAGCACAAAAACUAAAGCGCCAUAUUCGCUAAUUUUCUUUAAGAUAAAUUCGCAUCAAAGAGUAAUUUAAAAACAAAAAAAAAUAACAAACCAAGCAUAAAGAAAACAAUCUUCCUCCAAAUAAAAAGUAGGAAUAAUUACAAAAAAACAAAACUGCAUCUAUAGGCGACAAGCUUAGAAAUUCCAUAAAGAAAAAGGAGUAAUUCAAAAAGAAGAACAAUAUACAAAAGAAAAAAGAAAUAUUUUUUCUUUGAUUCAAAAUUAAAAUUUACAUAAAAAAGAGAACGUAUUUGUUUAUCCAAUUUUUUACCCUGACAACAGAUUUAAGAAAAAGUAAAAUUUCUUCCCCAAAAUGGACACAAAUAGCAACAGCGGCGUAGCCGCAACAGGUGGCGGCGCAAGUGGUGGCGGUUGUGGCAGCAAAGAGCCACCACCACGCAAUGAACCGUAUGUAGAUCCAAUCAAUGGAAUUGUACAGCCUCCGACGGUACCACCACCUGAUCGACCCGGCCGCAAUACUAACCAGCUGCAAUACAUCAUAAAGACAGUGAUGAAAUCAAUUUGGAAACACCAAUUCUCAUGGCCAUUCCAACAGCCAGUCGAUGCGAAAAAACUUAACCUGCCCGACUAUCAUAAGAUUAUCAAACAGCCGAUGGAUCUGGGAACAAUAAAGAAGCGUUUGGAAAACAACUACUAUUGGACGUCGAAUGAGUGCAUUCAGGAUUUCAAUACAAUGUUUACAAACUGUUAUGUGUACAAUAAGCCAGGUGAAGAUGUCGUGGUUAUGGCGCAGACGCUAGAGAAACUUUUUCUCACUAAAAUCGAGGCAAUGCAAAAGCCAGAACUAGAGUUGGAGCCAGUCACGCCGAAGGGUGCUAAGAAAAAACCCCGUGCUCCUGGUAAAGUACCCGCGACUCCAGGUAGUGGAUUACUGCCAACGCCUAGUAGUGCGGGUCGAGGACGACCCCUUUCGGCACUGGGUGGUGGAAUGGCUGUAUCAUCGACGGCUGGUGGACCAGUAACACCAUUAGGUGCAACAUCAGUGCCGAGUGUUCCGCAAAUUGGCAGAGUUCCACAUCAUUCUUCUGGGAAUACAAAGAACUCAACAGUAACCGGAGUUGCAGGUUCCACAUUACCGACGGGCAUAGCCGGUAGCGGAGCAGUACCUACCCCAGCAGGAGCAACUUCAACAGCAGUUGGUGGCGCUUCUGCCAAUGUAUUACCGGCAGGACCAGCCUCUGGAACAAAUUCAUCGCACAAUUCCCUGAGUGGUGGCUUGGCGACUGGUGGGGCACCACCCGCCACGACCGCUAGUAGUCUGGUUAAUUCCAACUUAAUGGAAAACACGGCAGCCGCAGCAGCAGCUGCACAUGCGGCUGCAGCAGCCGCAUACCAUGUAAAUAGUACUCAACCAGGCCCUCUCGACGCAGUGAUACCACCUCAACAACCAGCCAAAAUGAAGAAAGGUGUGAAACGGAAGGCCGAUACAACUACACCGACAGCUAAUGCUUUCGAAUCGCCGUAUCCGUCGAUCGACUCGAAGAGCGCAAAAAUUGCGACGCGUAGGGAGUCAUCAAGACAGGAAUUGACAUCGUUCCAGUCUUCAACGUAUCCAAUGUCCCCACUAAGCGGCACACCCGGAUCAGUUGCAAAGAACAAAGAAAAGCUUUCGGACGCCCUGAAGUCAUGCAAUGAAAUUUUAAAAGAGUUGUUUUCCAAAAAGCACUCUGGUUAUGCUUGGCCCUUCUACAAGCCGGUUGAUGCUGAACUACUUGGCCUGCAUGAUUAUCAUGACAUUAUCAAAAAGCCAAUGGACCUUGGAACGGUAAAAAGAAAAAUGGACAAUCGAGAAUACAAGAGUGCGCCCGAGUUUGCCGCUGAUGUACGACUUAUAUUCACCAAUUGCUACAAGUACAACCCACCAGAUCAUGAUGUCGUUGCAAUGGGUCGCAAACUGCAAGAUGUCUUCGAAAUGCGAUAUGCAAAUAUUCCUGAUGAGCCAGUAGCGAAUGCACACACGCAUGGGUUCUCUAAAAACGAAACAGAUUCCUCUUCGGACGAGUCGAGUGAAACGGAAAACGAGUCUAACUCGGAUGAGGAGCGUAACGCGAAGCUGAAAACGCUCGAGGCAAAGCUACUCGAAUUGCAAGAAGAAAUGCGUAGACUCAUGGAAGAAGCAUCGAACAAGAAAAAGGCAAAGAAAAAGAUUAAGGAAAAGAAGAAGGGCGGCGGGAAUAGUGGUGGACCUUCAGGAGCGGGUGGCAUUGGAGGAGGAAUGUCGACUGGUUUGGCUGGCGCCCAAGGAGGUGUUGACCUUGGAAAAGUUCCCGGUGAAUUGCAUCAUGGUCAUGUAAUGGCGUCUGCUCAUGGCGCUCAAGGUAAAGGUGGACUAGGCGGACCUGGUGCUACCGGGGGACUCAAUUCGGCGCUGGCUGGAGCCGCUGGCAUGGCAGGAGCUAACGCGACGGGAGGCGGUGCUGCUGGUGCGGCUAACAGUAAAGGUGCUAAAGUGAAGGGCCAACGUGGUCCAAAGGCAGGAGCAGCUGGAGCUGGUGGACCCGGAACCAGUGGACAGCCAAACAAACGCGGCAAGGCAAAUGCAACUCCAGGUGGAGCACCACGAGGAGCAAAUAAAAAGAAACCAAGCCAAGCGAUUAUCUUUGACUCUGAGGAGGAGGACACAGCCAAGCCGAUGUCGUACGAUGAGAAACGACAACUUUCGUUGGACAUAAAUAAGUUACCAGGUGACAAACUUGGACGGGUUGUCCAUAUUAUACAAAACCGAGAACCAUCGCUGAGGGACUCAAAUCCAGAUGAGAUUGAAAUCGAUUUUGAAACUCUGAAGCCAUCAACUCUGCGCGAGCUGGAAAGCUAUGUGGCAUCAUGCCUUCGUAAAAAAACUCGUAAGCCUUACUACAAAAAAAUUUCUGGAAAAUCUAAAGAUGAACAAAUGGCAGAGAAAAAACAAGAAUUAGAAAAACGGUUACAAGAUGUAACUGGACAAUUGGGCACGGCUAAAAAAGCAGCCAAAAAAGACGAAUCAUCGAAUAAAGUCGAUGUUGUACAACCGAAUCGCCUGUCAUCAAGUUCUAGCUCUAGUGAUUCAUCGUCGUCCAGUUCGAGCGACAGCAGUUCUAGCGAUUCAAGUGAUAGCGAAGCAGGUGAAACUGGUAGACCACCCAGAAAGAAGAAAUCAAAAGACGCCAUAACAUCAUUAAACUCUCUAAUGCCCCCUACAACGACGAUCACAACAACAGCUGCAUCAUCAAUGCUGGCUUCACAACUCCAACAACAGACACCAACAAUAACAGCAGCAACAUCACAGAAUACACAAAUGCCUGUACUUCCGCCAAUAAUAUCAUCAACGUCCGCCACAACAACAACUUCUACGAUAUCACCAAUCAUUCUACCACCCGCAUCCACUACAACAACAACCCAAAAUAACAAUAUCAAUAUGAACAGUUUGAAUAACCCAAACAACAAUAAUAACAACAAUAGCAACAUAAACAAUAAAUUAGGAAAUUUUUCAACUAGCAAUAGCAAUAGUAGUAGUUUAACAACAACAAUUUCAUUACCAAAUCCAUCACCAACGUUGCAUAAAACAUCAACAACAUCGACAACAGCCCAAAAUACUAACAAUCAGCAGGCGAAUACCCCAAUAACACCAAUGUUAAAUAGUAUAAACCCGAUGCAGCAAAUGUUUGUGGGUUCUUCUUCACAAAUGAUGAGCAAUAAUAAUAGUAAUAGUAGCAGCAGCAGUAGCAGCAGCGGGGGCAGUGGUAGUAGUAAUAGCAAUGGACCAAAUGAUUUGACAAAAUCGACGACAUCGUCGCUUGUCACGGUGACUCCAACGACAUCAACAACGUCAGUGCAACAACAAAUGCAGCAGACACCAUCUUCGUCGGCGACGCUGACAUCAUCAUCAUCCUCCUCCCAAUCCCAAUCCCAAUCUUCCUUCAUGUCUACAUCAACAUCACAAAUAAAUUCCACUCAUCAACAACAACCAAAUAUAAUUAUGAGCAGUGGUGGUGGGGGUGGUGGAAUCAGAGUUGCGAGCAAUCUGCAUAAACUGACGCAACAACAAUCAAGUAUGAUGCCCAACACAACACAAUCAGCAUCCUCAUCAACAUUUCAACAUCAGCAACAUACACACCAGCAACAGCAGUCGAUUCCAAUGAGUGGUGGUGUUGGUGAUAAUCUAGUGAGUGAUCUCUCGCUGGGUCAUCUUGCACAUCAUCCGCAUUUGGGUUCGUUGCCGCAGCCACCACCGCCUUCCACUCAAUCUGUUCCAAUGCUUGGACUUUCCGCGGGUCUUAAGCAAAUACCCCAGUUUGAUGAUCCCGUUGAACAGUCUCUUGCAUGUCUUGAACAGCCGAUGCUGGCAGCGAUGGGUCAACAUCAUAUGAAUUCCGCACAACAACAGCAACAGCACCAUAUGGAGAUUGUGUCAGAAAUCCUGGCGAAGACGGAAUCUGGAAUGAAUGGAAACCACUUUCCGUUGAUACAACAUCUCGGCCUUGAAAACUACAACAAUCAUCUAACGAUGGCUGCAGCAGUCGUCGCAGCACACGGAAUGCACCACAAUAAUGGUUAUGUUAGUGUGCCUGAUGGUAGCACCGGUACUGGAACUAUGUUGGAUAGUUCAUCGGCAGGAAACGGAAUGCAUAUGGGUGGUGGCGGUAUGGGCGGAAUGCACCAUCCUCCACCAACUGCACCGCCUGUAUCUGCAGCCAUGAAUAUGGGAUCUAUAUUUGAUUUGCCGCCAAACAUGGGAGGUAGUUUAUCCGCCGCCAUGAUGAUGGGCGGUGGUGGUGUUGGCGUUGGUGUUGGAGGAGGCGGUAGCCAUCCCAGUCUUCCAUCAACCAAAAAGGAUGAUGGUGGAAAGCCAGCAAUGCUGAUUACACCAAAGCCAAUCGAGUCGAUGAUGCCUAGUCCGCCAGAAAAAAAGAUGAAUCAGCAACAGCAGCCUACACAGCAAUCACCGUCAGGUGAUUCGAAAGGUGGUGGUGGCCCUAAUACCGGAACUAAUUUUGCGCAAGCUUUCAAAUCGGCGCAUGAGCAAAAUUUAAAGAAUGCCAGUUCAUGGUCUUCGUUGGCUUCAGCAAAUUCUCCACAGAACACCCCAACAUCGAAAGUGAAACCCGCCAUGGACUCCUUCCAGCAGUUCCGGAAUAAAGCAAAGGAAAAAGCAGAUCGAUUAAAACUACUGGAACAACAAGAAUUAAAAAGAAGUCAAAAAGAAGCCGCCGAAAAGGAACAAAAACGUCAACAGGAACAACAGCAUAAACAAAAGGGAGAUGUCGAUAGCGGAAGAAAAAGUACACAUGAACCACAACCACCACCUCCUCCUCCGGCACGAUUGGAGGACAUUAAAGCGUCUCCACAAGGUUGUGGAUCACCGGGUUCACAACAAUCACCACAAGAUAGGGCAGCAAUUCGUCGUGCCGAGCUAAGACGAAUGGAACAGGAUCGAAGAAGGCGAGAGGCUCUGGCGGGCCAAAUAGACAUGAACAUGCAAAGUGAUUUGAUGGCAGCAUUUGAAGAGUCGCUUUAAUUAGCUUAAGUUAUAUCUCCUAGAACCGAUUCAAUGCAUAAAAUUCUUAAAAAAAAAAAAACAAAAAACAAAAACAAAACACAUACACACUAUUCUAACUUUUCAAAUCAACACAUAUGUUUAUUAUUAUUAUUAUUAUUGCGAAAACACACACAACUAACACAUACCAAUAAUUAGUGAACCACAAACUUUAUUAGAUAUAUAUAUUAGUUUUAUUUUACUCAUAAAUAAUUAUAAAAUUAUAAUUGUUUUUUAAAUGGACUUAUCUAUUUUAAAAUAGAUAUUUAUUGUUGUAAUUUUUGUUAUAUAAAAAGGAAAAUAUUAUGUAAUAAUAAGAAAAUGGCGAUAAAUUAUUAUUUAAAAAGAAAAAAAAAACAAAAACAAAAUCAGACACACAAUCUUUUACUAUUUUCCAGGCAAGAAAAAUAUUUAAAAAAAAAAAGUAUCUUACUUUGAAGUUCGGAACAAUACCAAGAAGAAAAGAAAAAAAAAUUAAUAAAGUAAACCACCGAUAGGGGUCUCUCCAUUUUGUUUGCGUAGUUGAAACGGACAAAAAUAAAAAUCUUUAACAAAAAAGAAUAAAAUAACAUAUAUUUAUAAAUUCACUGUUUUGUAUAGAUAAAAAAUAAAUAAACUUUGAAACCCACUUAAAAGUUAAAAACAAAAACUAAGAAAAAAAAAGAUCAAGACCGUAGUACUGGCGACUUUUUCCUUAAAAAAAAAGUAGUGGUUAGUUUCUGUUUAUUUCGCAGUUGUAUUUUUUUAACAAAAAAAGUUAUGUAGCAUACAUUAAAUUAACUACUAGAGAAUACGAAUCGUAUUGUAUUAAACAAAAAAAAAUUAUAAAAAUAAAAAAAUAAA